AUGAACCGACGGUCGCCACAGCCCCAGCGGCCGCGCCGACGUCGCGCUGGCGUGACCGUCAGCAGUGCCACGGCCGGCGUCUUCGUUGUCUGCGUCGUCUUCGCGGUCGCCAGCUGCUGCGUCAGGGUCACGCUAGCCGAGGAAAACGUACCCCCAUUGGGAGAUGGGACGGAGGCCUCGACUUUCGGAGACGACGGCAGCGCGGCGAGAAAUGAUUCCGCCGACGACGCCACGCCGCAGCCGCCUCCCAAGCUCACCUGGGAAGGAUUUAUGCACAACAUGACUACCAGCUUCGCGACCGUGCUGCACAAAAUCUUUCCGCUCAUGGUCAGGGCCAGCUCGGAAGUGGAAGUCGGCCCCGAAUGCAUGGCCAGCUACUUCAAGCUCUUCCUUGGACUCAGGAAACUCAAGGGCUGGGCCGUCCGACUGGUCGACGCGACCGGCAAGCCAGCCGACGGCCUUCUGGAGGGCACAUUGGCCUUCGUUGGCGCCUUCGACGAAUGCCUGGACACAGCCGUCUGGGACGAGCAGGACAGCUCGCGGCUCCUGUUUCAGGGUCGCUACUGCACCGCACAGGUGGCGCCCAAGUUCACUCUCCGGGACCUAUUUCACAACGAGUCCCAAGCCCACAAGGAGCUGGCCUCGUACCUGCCGAAGAAGGCCAUGCUGAAAAAUGCGCUUCGGAUUCCGGGAAACCAUGUUAUUUUUCGGGUCGGCCUCUGCGUUCCUUCAACGUGCUCCAAGGACGACAUUGAACGAAUGGUAAAAUACACCGUAAAACACAUGGACAUGAAAGCCGAGGUGACCGAGUGUUUGCAGAAGGAGAAAACGCCGCUAUCUGUUAUCCAGAUCACUGUCAUCACGUUACUUGCCGCUUUCCUGUCGCUGACGAUCAUAGGCACCGUUACGGACAUCACACUCAAGGAGCGACGUCAUCCCAAGGCACCGGCAUCUGAGAAACAUGGCAGAUCCCUGGAGGCACUGCUCUGCUUCUCGGCGUACAGCAACGCGCGCAAGCUUUUUGCGCCGCAGGACAAGCCGGACAGCCUGCGGGCGCUCCACGGCAUCCGCUUCCUGUCCAUGACGUGGAUCAUCUUCGGCCACAGCUACUUCUUCAUCGAGCACGUGCAGCCCUUCCGUGGGCUCUUCAACGGCCACGAGAUGUACUCGGAAAAUUUCUUCUUCUCCGGAGUCAUCAACUUCACGCUGGCCGUGGACUCAUUCUUUUUCAUUAGUGGUUUGCUCGUCGUUUACACCAACUGGAAAGAGCUCACGGAGUCCAACGGCCGCCUCAAUGUAAUCAGGUUCCUGUUCAACAAGUACUGGAGGAUGGUGCCGCCCCUUCUUCUAUCCCUUGGCCUGCUGUUCCUGAUGCCCGUACUGGGAGACGGCCCUUUCUGGAACGACAUCAUGGGCACCGAAAUAAGACUCUGCGAGAAGUCCUGGUGGUCAAACCUUCUCCUCAUAAACAACUUCUGGGAGUCCAAGGAAAUGUGUCUCGUCGCCACGUGGUACCUGGCGUGCAACUUCCAGUUUUUCAUCCUCUCUAUAUUCAUCCUAAUACCAUUAUACAAUUGGCCAAUCGUGGGGUUGAGUGCAACUUUCUUGCUGCUGCUGGCCGGGAGCAUCAUAUCCGGCGUGAUCACGUUCAUGGCCGAUCUUCCACCGGGGCUCAUCUUCUACCCAGACCUCGACACUGUGUCUAACCUGGUGACCUACGUGUACCACAAGCCUUACAACCACAUUGGCUCCUACUGUGUCGGCGUAUUUCUGGGAUACGUCAUUGUGAGACAUCGAGACAUCAAACUCAAACCGCUCACGCAGGUGAUCGGAUGGUGCACGUCAUUCUCGGUGGGCGUGGCCGUGCUGUGGGCAGCUUACCGCUGGAACGCCGAGUUGCCCGGCCCUCAGGUAGCCGCGCUGUACGCCGCCACCCAUCGCGUCGCCUGGUGCGUCGCGCUCGCCUGGCUCACGUUCGCCUGCGUCGCGGGACACGGAGGCUUCCUGGACUCCCUGUUAUCGUGGCCACCAUUCAACGCGCUGGGUAACCUGGCCUUCAUGGCAUACCUGAUGCAUCCACUGGUCAUUCUCUACCACUCCAGCAGGACCAGGGAUCUCAUCUAUUAUAGUCAGUACGAAAAGGUGUACGCCUUCUGCGGCCACUUCCUCAUCACGCUGGUGUUGUCGACGUUCUUCUACGUGGUCGUCGAGAUGCCGUUCACCCGGCUCGGAGCGAUGCUGCUCCGGACGCGCGUCUUCCGCAAGCCGUCGCGGCGCUCGGGCGCUGCCAGCGCUGCCGGGACCGAGAGCGGCGCGGGAGUGCGGAGGCCGCCCAGGCCGGCUUCGGCCAUCGUGGCCGACAUUGCUCGCGGCGUGACACCGUUGGCCUUCAUCAAGGCCAGGGCCCACGGCACCGCGAGGCGCAGCGGUUCCGCGCAGGCCGCCGAGCUCAGCGCCAGCACCGACGGCGGCAGGCCCACCAACGGCCGCUUCCGGAAGACCGGAGACUCGAGCCACCUAUGAUGAGCACGAAGCGAGCCGAGGCACGACGCGCCCUUUUUGUGACACGACGCAUGGUCAGCGGUACAUCCGGUGGCGCCCUUCUCCGUGGAAGAGUGCAAGACGCGGAGAAUGCAGUGUGGUUUGCGCGCCAAAUUGUGAAAAUGUGGAUAUUGGUAUAGCUUUGACUUUACGAUCCUACACGUAGCUGACGCAAGAGGAUGACCUUACGCUGAGUUGAACUCUGAAAUUGCUUAAACCA